AUGGAGAAGGAGUUGACACCGGUGCUGGAGCAGCUGGAUAAGGCUCGUGGAAUCAUCAGCGCAUCCACGGUUGAGAUGCUACAGGCAGUGGUGCCACACUGCAUCAGCUCAGCCAAGGGCGAUCGUCACGAGUAUCAAAACUCGAUGCUUGAGUCCAUCGAGACCACGCUGAAGCAGAUCCAGGCAAAGCAGCAAGCGGAAGUGACAAGCGCACAAUCCACUCUUGCGGACUUCGAAGCGAAGCAGGAGAAAGCGGCUGCACAGCUGCAGAUGGUCGAGGGACAGGUGGCCCAAAGUCAGGAAGACAAGGCGACUAAGGACCAAACCCAGGCCGACUCGAGUGCGGCCGUGGCAGAAGCAACACAGGCUCUGCAGCUUGCGCAGGAGAGUGAACAGAGCUUGGCCGCGGAAAAAGAUGCCAUUCUGAAAGACCAAGACGAGUCUCAGAAGUUUCUGACGACCACCUGGGAAGCAGUGAAGAGUGGGGCCUUCUCCGGCCAGGAGUGGCGAGAGCGCAACAAGGCCAUUGAAGCUUCGGUCAAGAUCCUUGAUGGCUUCGGCUUGGACGCCAGUCUCAAGGCGGCUCUGCCUACAGCCUUAAAGACGAAGCCCGGGGACCGCAAGAGGUUUAGCCUUUGCGCAGUGCAGUUUGCGGAGGUGGCCAUAACCACCCGGCUGCAGAAGCUGCAGGAAAAGGUGGACAACUUUGAGCAAGAGGCCGUUGCACGGUCUCAGGCCGUGGCGGUCGCCAAAGAGGCGCUGGCAGCGGCCGAAGAGAAGCUUCAGGUUGCCAAGGCUGAGGCAGUGUCCGCGAAGGAUGCCCUGCAGGCUGCUGUCCACAGCAAGGCUGAGAUCGAGAAAGACAUAAAGGCUUCUCCUACUCUGCUGGCCAAGCUCCAAAAAGAAAUGGAGAAAUGCCAGGGAAGUCUGAAUCUUUCGCAAAACAGCUUGAGCCACUUCCUGAACCUGAAAGACAGGUCAUCCGAGGCUUUGCCGACCGAUGAGGUGCAGACCCCUGCCCAGGAGGCCACUGCCUGA